AUGGCAAAUAGAAAUGUUUUCUCGUGGAUUCGGCGUUUGCCCUUUCGAAAGGUAAGUAAAUGACUUGUUUUCUUUAAGGUUCCAAUUAACCCAACCAUUAACUGGGGUUUGUAACAUGUUAACUCCAAGUUUGUGGGUGGGUCCAUAUUUAAAUUGAUAACAUGUAUCACUAGAGGGGUAGAAGCAAAUCAUUAUUGUAUUCUUAUCUCAAUGGAGUUAAAUGCUUAACUAAUUUUUCUAUAUUAAAAUCCCCAUGUUACAGCAAUUUGCAAUAAUGUUGCAGCUACAAGCCCAUCGUUUCACUCACAUCCAAUUCUGGGAGUUGUUUGUCCUUGUUCAUACAACUAGUUGUAUAUGUAUCAGAAUUAGAACAAACUCAAUAAGUGGUUUACAUACACUAAGGUUUAGACAUAUAUUAAUUAUCGAGGAAAUUCAAUACAUUAAAAUACCACAAGACAGUGGCAGCCCAAGAUACUAAACAGGAAAUGGUAAAUGGAAAACUAAACCCGAAAGUCAAUUAAAAUUGAUGAUUUCAAAAUUCUCCAACUGGACUGUAACGACAGCUUAACUAUUUUACCUUCAAUUUUGCCAUUUGGGUUUCAAUGUACUAGAAUUCAGUGUUCAGUGGAUGAAGCCAAGUUACUCAAUAGAUUGGAAAUCUAUAUAAAACAUUUCCCAUACUAGUUACAUACAAGGUCAAUGCAAGUUUUUUUACUACUUUAGGCAAAACAACAUUUUGCUGACCCCCGCCCCCCACCACGCCAAUAUGCUCCGUCCAUGGUAUGACAUCACACUGACCAUAGCGCAAUAUGCGCCGCCUGUGGUGUAUUUAAAAGAAACACUUUUAUAAACGAUCACAAAUGUAACAGGCUUCAUACAGCAAGCAGAGGUGCUUUAAGUUUUCAGGAGUUUUCCUUUAAAGGGCCACUCCAAACACCAUAACCACUACUGCUAACUACCAUUAAUGAAUUGUCAGCUGUUACUCUCAGCCAAUCUCUGCCGUCUCCUUACUGGCUGUACCAAUACUACUGCAUUAGCCGAAGAGAAGAGAAGAGGGAGAGAACGGUUACUGAUGGCACACAUUUAGUGUUAAAUUAUUUACAAACAAUUUAACACUUAAAUAUAAGGCUGUUCCAGGGACUCCAGGCACUAUAAUAACUUCCAUGUGAUUUAAGUAAACCCAUACCUUUAGGUUGUUUGUAGUGGUUUAUUGCUGGGCCCUGUGGCAGCAACGAGAUGGACUGUAAAAACUUUGGUUAGUUAGAGCAUUUUUAUUUGAAUUUAUUUGGGUUUCUAAUAGUUUUUGCCAUUUCAGGGCGCCAGACGCAAGAAAUGUGAUGACACUGAGCAGAAAGGAGAGGACCCUUCGGGUAUGUUAAAACAUUGUGUGUGUGGCUGUUAUAUCUAUCUUUGGGAAGCCUAGUAACAAUUCUCCUAGCAAGACAUUCCUUCUUCUAUAACUUUAAUAACAGGUUUCUGUUCAUUUUUUACCAGGAAGGACACAUUCAGAUUUCUCUGGUUUGAUUGCUUCCUGCAGAGUUUGUACAAAAUAUACAAUGUUGACAUUUCUGGGACAUUAGAUUGCAGAGUUAAUAUUUUGGGGAAGGUAGAUCCAUUUGUAUAUAUUCAGACGCCGUUUCCAUCUUGUGAGUCUCUUCUAACCCCCUUACCCAUUGUAUCCCCCCACCCAUAAUGCACUACUGUCUUAGUCCAGAAAAGAUCUGGAAUGUUCCCAUUCUUUUUAAUGACAAUGCUAAGCAUAUCCCAUAAACUCAGCAGGUGUAUGUAGUUCAGCACUUGGCAGUAGUUUCAUUCACUAAUAGUCAUGAAGAAACUGUUUAUUGAGCUGCGUACUCCAUUGAUGUUUAUAACUCAAUGGAACCAGUGGUUGCCUCUCAUUUGUAAACAUAACAAAUGCUCCCCCCAAGAAAUGUAAUUUAAGUGCAUUUCGAUAUCAAUAUUUAUAUAUUGCUAUCAAAAUUUAUGUAAAAUUAAAUUACAUAUAUAUAAAGUAUAUAUUUACAUAUUAUUUUUACAUAAUAAUGUGAUUUUAUUGAUUAUAAAUUGGGGGACCUGCCUGACAACCCAGGCAGAAAGUCCAGUGAAUUCAAUUUACAAGCCCUAUAUUGUAACCUUGUAACUUUCCAAAACACCGUAAAACCUGGACAUGGGGGCUACUGUUGUACUUGUGAGACUUGGCUGAAAACAAAUACGUAUGUUUUAAAAGAGUAAAUCAUUUAAUGACGAUGAUAUCAUCAGUGAAAAUGCAGCUUUUCUGUGACUAAGUGGCUCUUAAAAGAUUAGAUUUACCCCAUUUGCAAAACCCUGGGUUGUCUACGUUUACAAAUGGUUUGCCAUGAUGGGGGUAAUUCUCAUUCCUGGCCUGCCAUACAGCCUUAAAGGCAACUAAACCAACAAAUUUCAAGGUGCAAAAACUGCAAAGAGGGAAGUACUAUAUGUCACGCUGUAACUUUCCAAAAAUCCAUAAAACCUGUAUAUGGCUAAACAUAAAUAUGUGCAUUUUAUUGCACUAAAAGUUAACAGUAUUAUGACAUUUAAAGGUAAAAUGCCACAGAGAACUUUUUAAUUUCUCAAACUUUUUUUUUAUUUUAUUCAUAUUAAAUUAUGUUUCAUACAUAAAUAGUUUAUUUUUGUGAAAUGAAAACCCUCUUUCUCUUGAACAAAACUGUAUGUAAUACGUGUGGGUGCACUUAAUAUGAAAGAGGUAAGCUAUGGUUAAACAAUAUAUAUCUCAAAUUCAAGGUUUGGUUUUGAACAGAACUUGGAUAACUUCCUCCAUCCUUAAGGGCUUAAAAGAUAUAGGACAAGGCAGGGAAUAAUAUUAUGUUGUAGUUAUAAUUAUCAGAAGACAAAAGCAGGGAUAGGGAAACUUUGGGCACCAAAACAUUUGAGAGCACAUAACAUAUUAUGGUACAUGAAGUGUCUGAAUAAAAGUGUAUGUAUUAAAAGAUCCUAUAAUUUGUCAUGUUGCCUUACUUGUAUUGUGUGAUAUUUCAAACCAGUGAAUGAACAAUAUUGUCUGUCUACAUUGUGAUUUGACUACUGUCUUUUUAUUAUUAUUUAUAGAGUGUCCAAUUACUCCAAACUCUCCUAAAAUUGCCAAGGGCUCAGCUGUAAAUGGUAGUUUUUCCUCAAUCGAUCUGAACUCUCCUAAACGUAUCGUAUUGGCAGCUAAUACCGAGUCAUCAAAGGACAUCCCUAAACAUGUAGCUCAACCGGAUAUUGAUAAAGUUAGGGAGCAGAUCAAACAGGAAAUUAGAAAAGAACUUAAAAUUACAGCAGGAGCCAGAAACAUGGUAAAGGCUACAACCAAGAAAAAACAUCUUGCAAAAGUCAACAAGUUUCUCAAAACAUCACAAAAAAAACUGGAUGAUCUUUACAUUAAACUUCAGGAGCGCAAUGCGCAUAUUGUUGUGCCAGACGCAGAAGGUACAUUCCAAGACUUUGUGUUUCCUUGUAAUGAGUGUGUGUAUGUGCUUGUUUAUUGUAAAUAUAUUUCAAUCAUUUCCUGGAGAACAUGGAUAAAUACUAUGUUACGCAUCCAACAUGUAAAUGUAACCUACAGAUAUAUAGAGGAACGUUAGCAGUACUGUUUUUCUUUUUCUUUUUCAUUUUAUAAUCAGGUGGAUGUUUUAGAGACUUCAAACAGCAAAUCGUAACUUUGGAUCAGUUACUGCACUCGUGAUGUGCUGUAUGAGAUUGUAGACUGACUUAUAGAAAAGAUCACUUACUGAGCAUCAGAUCAGCCACAUUAUACAGCGUGAAAACGUGCAGAAUAAAAUAAAUACUGGCUGAGGAAAGCUUAGCCUUGUUAGUUUUACAGAAACAUAAAACAAAAAUUUGCAGCUUCUCCAGCGAGCUCUGUUUAGAUGGGAAAUCUCUCACCCAAACCUGGUAAUUGCAUUAUUCCCUAUGAGAGCCUAUAUGGGGGGGUUGUGAAAACACACAGAGUUACAAUGUGGCUUAUAGAAUGACCCCAUUUAUGUCGUGACUGGCUAUAAUAAUGGCAAUCUCACUGACAUAUAUAGAAGCUGGAAUAGUUAGUGGAUGAGUUUAUGACGUGACACCUCAAAGAGAAUACUGUUCAUACCGUCCCGUUAUGAUGUCAUCAAGCACGGGGGACGUUUAGCUGCAGUGAUUUUUGUUGUUUUUGUUGAUUUUCUGUUGCUCUUAGGUUUUGUGUAAAUUACAAUAUCUUUACUUACAGAUGUUACUGUUAUUGCCUUUUUUAUUUAUUAAGUGAAACUGUCUGCCGACAUUUCUAAAUUCUGUAUUUUUUUUUCUUGUUACUAAUUUCCGUGAUGUCCAGAGAUGUCAGCUGCUCCUAAAGAUGACACCAGCUCCCAGGCACAUAACGUGAAGCUGACUGCUUUGCAGAAACAGCUAAGCAUUGAGCUGAAGGUGAAACAUGGAGCAGAGAUAAUGGUCGGUGCAUAUUCAAAUGGGUAUUCCAAAGUAAGUUGGUUAUAUUUAAAUAAGAGACAGAAAAAAUUCUUUAAACUUUUUUUUUUUGGUGUGGGAGUGGUGGAAACACAUUGUACAAUGCAUAAUUUUUUUCAGCCCAACAGCAUUUUAUCUGAUUUAAGCUAAUAGUAUGUUGGUGAUAUUUGUUCAUGGAAUCAAGAGAUGCGAUAGAAACUAAAUUUCCAUGAGUUUGCCGACACCAUCUCAACUAUUUAGUUGAAGGCACAAGCUUUUCUUAAUCGGCCAUUAAUUAUUUUUAAUAUUUCUAAUUGGAAAGCAUGCAACCAAUGUUAUUUAAUUUUCUAUGUAAAGAUUAUAAUGUGUAUCUUGUUCCAUAAUGCAUGUGUCUAUAAUUUAGUUUGCCUGCACAGAAGCACUGUGGUGUUUGACAUCUGGGUGAAAAUCAUUGUUUAAGGGGUAAUAAUUAGAUCAAAACAUAGUCCAUGUCUGUCCUGGGGUGUGAGCAGUCAGGGCUUAUUUCCUAGAAUAGGGUAAUUGAGGCUACACUUCUUCAUACAUCUCACUCAAUUAUCUGACUAUUCUUAUUGCUGUUACAGAAUGUCAAACAUCUUACUGCUGUCCAGAAAAUACUACAAGACAGCGAGAACAAAAUAGACAGUUUACGCAACUUAAUUCUGGAAGAAACAUCUAUCAUUAAAGGUAAAGGUUCAGUAACCUCAUAUGUAGUUUAAAAGAAGAUUUAUGGGUAACAAUGAAAACUGUUCAAAAACGGUUUGACUACUUAUAAUGGGAUCCAGGGCACUCCUGGCACCAUAACCACUACUGCAAGAUAUAACUCUCUUACAGGAAGGUCUGAGAGAGCGGUGUAUAUCCCGUAGACCUCUAUACUCCAAGGGUUUGUGAGGAAAUGUACAGAUUAUUAUUAAUGUUAUUAUAUGUAUAGCACCAGGAAAUUCUGCAGCGCUUUACAGUGGGUGGACUAACAAACAUGUAAUUGUAACCAGACAAGUUGAACACACAGCUACAGAGGGGUUGAGGGCUCUGUACGAUGAGCUUACAUGCUAAAGGGAGUGGGGUAAAGUGACACAAAAGCUAAAGGAAGUAUAGGGAAGUAAUGACAGUUGCAGGAGAGGAAUCAGUCGGGAGCUGCUAACAGUUUAACUGAUAUGCUUUUGUGAAGAAGUGGGCUUUUAAUUAUUUUUUUGAAGGAGUGGAGACUGGGUGUGCGUCUAACGGAGAAGGGAUGGGAGUUCCACAGGAACAGUGUAGCCCUAGAAAAGUCUUGAAGGUGAGCAUCAGAGGUGGGAGUACGGACUGAAGAUAGACGUCCACUUAGAACUGGGAGCAAAGGGAGUUAUACCAACACGCAAAUACAUUUUAUAUUAUUUACAAAACAUAUAUCUUAGAAAUCUGUACAUGAGCCGGUUAAAGCAUUGGGAAUAUUACUGCCUUAGAACUGGGAGACCAAGGUUUGAAUCCUGGUUUAGACCUUGCCAGUAAGUGUCUGUGGGUAGGAUUAAUUACUGAAUGGAUGUACGUUGAGCAGUAACUUCAUCAAACCUAAAUAUCCCCUUUCUAUAAUUGUAAACCACUGCAGAAUAUGUUGGCGCUAUAUAAGGGAUAAUAGUAAUAUCCUGAAAUAAUUUGCAAAACAUUUUACAAGAUAAAUUCUUGUUAGUCAGUCCCUUUAAAAAAUAGCUUUUAUAUCAAAUAGUUCACUGAGAGAUAUUAAAACUUACAUAUUAAGGUGGCGAUCAAAGCCUGACUUAGUGUAAAUCAAACAUACAUUCUGCUGGGUGCUUUAAGCCAUUCAUAUCAAAUCAAGAUCAGUGACCAGAAUAUUGUCAGAGAAACUAAUGACAGACACCUACCUGCGUCUGGAAAAAUUCAGAAAUCUAUGUUCACCUAGAAACAAAUAGAUGGAAAACACACUUCCUGAGUCUCAUGCCAACACACCAGUCGGGAUGGUCAUCAAUGCAGACAUGAGAGGGACUUGCAGGUGCUCCUCCGAGGGAACAAAUGUGUAAAAUUCCAAAUAGUGACCUUUGGGUUGAUAGGUUCUGGGAGCAUAAUGUCUUCUUUAAGGACAUAUCAAAGCUUCUGAAUAUAAAGAGCAUUAAAAUAUAUAGAGAUAUAAUGAACAUUCUAAAAACAAGGCAGCUCUAUGAUUAACAUGACGUUCAUAUGAAAGAAAACCACCUAUGGUCCUUUAAAUGGACAAUUCUUAAUUGUUCUCUGAUGAGAGCUGAAUUACUGCAAUAGUCUCCUUCGAGAAAGGCAACUUCAAAUGUGCCCAGCACUGUGAAUUUAUUCGCUAAGCAUUGUGGAAUAUCAUAUUCCAAAUGUUGACAGGCAGGUGAUGCAUGCGCAUCAAUUCUAACAGCCAUCCUGCAGGAGGUGCAUGCUUCAUUUCAGCUAUACGGUAUAUAAACAGGAUAUAUAUCUAUUGAACAUUUAUUGUGUCCCCUCCAAUACUACUGACAUUAUUAGUUUAUACAUAUAUGAGUUAUACAUGAUAUUAUGGGUUUACAUAUAAGCAUUAUUAGUGUUUGAAAAACUAAUUGAUUCUUCUAUAAAAUUAAAUAUCAUAAAGAUCUAUGAUUGGAGAUUGUGGUUCUUGUUUUAUUCUCUUUAGAAUUGAGGUGAAAAUAAUUGUAGUAUCAUUGAUCACUGUGAAUGAUAUACAAUACUUACAUUAUGUUAUGUCUAAACCUUUACAGAAGAAACAUCGUUACCAGUUCUGGAGACGGACAUUAAUAUUCUUGCCCCUUCGUUAUUGGUGACAGACGUACAGGAGCCAGAGCCGGCUGGGUAUUCACUUUAUAUCUUUCUAAUCAAUGUUGUUAGAACCUGAAACCCUCCCAGUUCACAGUACUAUACAUGUUGAAUUAUCUAUAAGUCCGACAUAUGUUUGCCUACUGCUGUCUACACAUUUCUUAGCAUGUGUAUCAGUCACAGAUUCAUUUUAUAAUGCUGUCUACAUGUUGCAUACUUGUGACAAGUAGCCAGAUCUCCUUCUCUUUGCAGGACUCUGUGAAUUCUGCAGUCUGCCAGGCAGGGUGUGAAAGUACUUUGGAUGUCACACAGGAAUGCAGAACUCUAUACAGUGCAAAAACAUAGAAAUCUGCAACCCUACUUAUAUGUAUUAUUGGGGUGUCCUUUAAAAUAAUGCACUGUAUAUAGCAGCAUCAAUGUCUAAAAUAUAAUGAGUAUAUAGAUCUGAUAAUCUGCCAUAAUAUUUUAACGAUUAAACCAGAUAAACUAUUAUUGUCUUCCUCCUGAUAGCGAUAUUCCAAACUUUGAUAUGAAACCAAUUAGCCCACCGGAUGUGGAGUUUGACUCAGAGCCACCUCCUGCUCCAAGUCAAUCAUUUCUACACAGUGAUCAGAGUUGGUUUUCAUUCCAUAUUGAGAUCCCGGACAUACUGGCUCAGGUAAAGAUGUGCUCACUUUAUUUUGGUUGUUUUUAAUCCUUAAACUUACGUGUAUACUCUGCGUAGAAUAACCAUUACAGCUUAGUGCAGUAGUUCUAGUGCAGAGGGUCUGUGGCUACUAACCCACUUUUUUGUCAAACCAUUUGGGAGCAUUUUGACACUGGACUUUGGCUAGCAUCCAGUGACUGCACCCCUCGCCACAGGGAUAAUGUGGAACUUAAAUUUUUGCGCUAUAAAUGUUAUAUCCAACCGGGACAGCUGUGGGGUUAUCCUGAAUUGUCAGCCAAUCAAUGCCAUCCAGGUUGCAUAAAAUUGGUAUUGAUACAAAAAUGUUAAUUGAUCACUAUCAGUAUGGCUGAGGAGGGGGGAAGUAUCCAGGUAUUUGGGAGUAUCUAAUUGGUUUGACAUUAAACCAUGGAUAGAACCAGGACACUCUAAUUAAUGUAACUACUACAGUGAGCUAGAAUGGUUAUGGUGCUUACAAUUUCCUUUUAAUCAUUAUUUUCUUACAUUCACUGCUUCUCUCUCCACUCCCAGCAAACCUAGCUUCCUUUAGUUUUCUCUACCAUUUUAUUGCGUCUGACUUUCUUUUCUAGAAUUCUGGAGAUAUCUAUGAAUGUAGCAUUGAUAACAGAUACAUCAUGACACCAGAUGAAAUGAGUCAGCCUAAUUGUUCCAGUCUGGAUAAUAGUGUUCCUGAAAAUUCUGAGAACCUACCACAUGACCACUUACCUGCUAUGUGGACUCAAGAUCAACUUCUUCUCAAAUUGCAGGACAUCCAGCAUUGCUCUAUGCUGGAGGAGGGACAAUCUGUAAAAGUAAGUUUAAGGUGGAAUUCCAGUUCUAGUUCGAUAUAACAGAUAUCUUAACAAAUGUAAGACAGUACAACACAAUCAAUGCCAUCAGGUUGUAUAAAAUUGGUAUUGAAGAGAAAUGGUAAUUCCUCACUAUUUUACAACAAACUAGAAAAGAAAAUGGCAGUCAUAUCUCCUAAGAUCAGGGAGCUAUUUCCUUAUCCGUAUAUUUAACAUGUGAUUGUGAGAUGUGAACAAUAACAUUAAACAUAGAAUUUCAGUCUUUUAUUCAGUGGCGCCAGUUCUGAGAAAUGACAAUAAAACCCAACAUUAAUGUGUCUGACUUUCUUUUCUAGGAUUCUGGAGAUUGCUAUGAAUGUAGCAUUGAUAACAGAUUCAUCAUGACACCAGAUGAAAUGAGUCAGCCUAAUUGUUCCAGUCUGGAUAAUAGUGUUCCUGAACAUUCUGAGGACCUACCACAAGACCACUUACCUGCUAUGUUGAUCCAGGAUCAGCUUCUUCUCAAAUUGCAGGACAUCCAGCAACGCUCUGUGCAAUCUGUGAAAGUAAGUUUAAGGUGGAAUUUCAGUUCUAGUUCGAUAUAACAGAUGUCUUAACAAAUGCAGGACAGCACAACACAAUGAAUGCCAUCAUGUUGCAUAAAAUUGGUAUUGAUACAGAAAUGUUACUUCCUCACUAUCAGUAUGACUGAGGAGGGGGGAGGUAUCCGGGAACUUGGAAGAAUCAAAUUGGUUUGACAUUAAACCAGGGAUAGCACCAGGACACUCUAAUAGUAAUUAAUGUAACUACUACAACAAACUAGACUGGUUAUGGUGCUUACAGUUCCCUUUUAAUCAUUAUUUUCCCAAAUUCACUACUUCUCUCUCCAGUGGCGUACACACAAUCCAUGGGGCCCUGGUGCAAAACUGACAUCAUCAAAGUGGGCCCGGUCGCGCUGUUACCAGGCCCACUCUGAUGAUGAUAUUCAUUUCCAUCGGGUUUCCUUAACAGCAUGGGCCACCCAAUGGGCCCCUUCACCUGCGGCCCGGGUAAGUAUACUGCGCGAUCGGGGCCACAACACAUGGCAGCAGGCACGCGGUAUGUACACAGCUGUCUCUCUCCACUCCCAGUAAACCUAGCUUCCUUUAGUUUUCUCUACAAUUUUAUUGUGUCUGACUUUCUUUUCUAGGAUUCUGGAGAUAGCUAUGACUGUAGCAGUGAUAACAGAUUCAUCGUGACACCAGAUGAAAUGAGUCACCCUAAUUGUUCCAGUCUGGAUAAUAGCGUUCCUGAAAAUCCUGAGGACCUACCGCAAGAUCACUUACCUGCUAUGUGGAUUCAACAUCAGCUUUUUCUCAAAUUCCAGGACUUCCAGUAUCGCUCUGUGCAAUCUGUGAAAGUAAGUUUAAGGUGGAAUCACAGUUAUAGUUUGAUAUAACAGAUGUCUUAACAAAUGUAGGACAGCACAACACAAUCAGUGCCAUCAGGUUGUAUAAAAUUGGUAUGGAUAUAGCAAUGUUAAUUCCUCACUAUCAGUAUGGCAGAGGAGGGAGGAGGUAUCCAAGUACUUGGAAGAAUCUAAUUGGUUUGACAUUAAACCAGGGAUAGCACCAGGACACUCUAAUAGUAAUUAAUGUAACUACUACAGUGAGCUAUAAUGGUUAUCGUGCUUACAGUUCCCUUUUAAUCAUUAUUUUCCCAAAUUCACUACUUCUCUCUCCACUCCCAGCAAACCUAGCUUCCUUUAGUUUUCUUUACAAUUUUAUUGUGUCUGACUUUCUUUUCUAGAAUUCUGGAGAUAUCUAUGAAAGUAGCAGUGAUAACAGAUACAUCAUGACACCAGCUGAAAUGAGUCACCCUAAUUGUUCUAGCCUGAAUAAUAGCGUUCCUGAAAAUUUCGAGGACCUACCACAUGACCACUUACCUGCUAUGUGGAUUCAGGAUCAGCUUCUCAGAAUGCAGGACUUCCAGUAUCGCUCUGUGCAAUCUGUGAAAGUAAGUUUAAGGUGGAAUUCCAGUUCUAGUUCGAUAUAACAGAUAUCUUAAAAAAUGUAGGACAGCACAACACAAUCGAUGCCAUCAGGUUGUAUAAAAUUGAUAUUGAUACAGAAAUGGUAAUUCCUUGGUAUCAGUAUGACUGAGGAGGGGGAAAAAAUCCAGGUAUUUGGAAGAAUCUAAUUGGUUAAACAUUAAACCAGGGAGAACGGCAGGACACUCUAGUCACUAUAACCACUACAGUGAGCUAAAAUGGUUAUGGUGCUUACAGUUCCCUUUUAAUCAUUAUUUUCCCACAUUCACUGCUUCUCUCUUCACUCUCAGCAAACCUAGCUUCCUUUUCACUACCCCGUGCUUCCUUUCCUUUAUUGAUCAAUAUGUUUCAGACUCAAUCGUACAAACCCCCAACACCGUGGGUGAGCUUUCUAGUUGAGAUUAUGGCUGCUAUCCCUUUAUAAAAGGAGAGCGGGUUAUGGCCUUCACAGUUUGCUCCAUACAUAGUUUCUGCUGCCUUGUCAAAUUAAAAUAAACACAUAUUUUAAAAAAAUGAAAAGAAUCAUAUAAAAAUGAUAGAAAGUAUGAAAUGUAUACGAUAAUUUGCAUUUCUUGAUCAAUUGAGUUGCUGAAUUCUGGGUUUAGUAAAUAAAUCAGAGCGUUUGAUGGUUUAUCAAAGGGUAACAAUCACUUCCCAGGACGUUUAAUAUUAUAUUUACUUAUCCCUAAAUUCAACGACUAUCUGUUUGUGAAAUGUGAACGAUAAAAUUAAACGUAGAAAUCCACACCUCUUUAUACUGUAACUGGGCGCCUCCAUCUUAGCUCCCUGUCAGUCAUCGUUAAAAGCUCCGCCCUUUGCAUCUGACCGUCAGCACAGAGUGAUCAUACAGAAAGGAGGAGAAAUGAAACAAUGUUUCUAUAUGUCCUCUUCAUUUGCAUUGUGUGCCCUGGCUGUGCCAGAACUAAACAAAAAGAAAACAGAACAUCUCAUGAGAAACUGUUAACAUGUAUGUGAUUUUCAAUUUUUUAUUCAAUGGCGUCUGACUUUCUUUUCUAGGAUUCUGGAGGUAGCUAUGGAUGUAGCAUUGAUAGCAGAUUCAUCAUGACACCAGAUGAAAUGAGUGAACCUAAUUGUUCCAGUCUGGAUAAUAGUGUUUCUGAAAAUUCUGAAGACCUAUCACAUGACUACUUACCUACUGUGUGUACUCAGGGUCGGCCUACUCUCAGAAUGCAAGACUUCCAGCUUUGCUCUGUGCUGGGUAAAGGGCAAUUUGGGAAAGUAAGUUUAUGGUGGAAUUCGAGUUCUAGUUCGAUAUAACAGAUGUCUUAAAUUCAGGAUAGCACAACACUUUAUUCUUUAAUUUCAGGUUCUGCUGGCCGAGCACAAGGAAACAACCAACAUGUAUGCCCUGAAAUUCAUAAAAAAAGUAAACUUAGAAUCACCACAUCAGUUCAACAAGUCAGUGAAUGCAGUAAUAAAUAUCUUGUGUUUGUGAAGAGGACCAUGUCCUGUUUCUGUGGGGGGUUUUUUCAUUUGAUUUUAGAGUCGAAGAAAAUAAACUUUUAUUUUCCUUUCCAGCCUUCUGAGUGAAAAGCGGAUAUUCCAGACAGUGAGCAAUAGGCGGCACCCAUUCCUUAUGAACUUGUUUGGGUGUUUCCACACCCGAGAUCAUGCCUGCUUUGUUAUGGAAUAUGCAGCAGGGGGCGACCUUCUUACAUGCCUUGAUAACAACCAUGGCCCAUUUCCAGAACCCAGAGCAGUGUGAGUAUAAGCAGCAUUCUGUCCAUUUAUCGAUAUCUCAUCCAAUGUUCUACAGAUGGUGGCUUGAGCUGGGCUACACCUUCCAUAACAUCUUGUCAGAUUAUGAAUUAAUUCUGGGAUAUCACACUUUGUUUAAAUUCUGUGUUUAUUUAGUUUAGAAUGACUUUAAACUGUAUAACUUUAUAUCCUAUGAGCUGCUGUAUAUAUCUUUACCAUUAUGUGUCAAUGCUGGAUCAGAGCAGUUACUUCUGACCACAUACACCGCUGUCUGCACCAACUAUGUCUAAUGACUCUGCAAGUAUCGGCAUUGGUGAAUUGAACCUGCUGUAAGUGAUAAACAACCAAUCACCAUUGUAUCAGCUCAUACAUAACACACUAGCAGUGAAAGACAUGAGGAAACCUGGGAAUUAAUGUACUCUGUCAGAAUACAGAGUUGGAUAUAUGGAAUAAAACCAUUUAAUCGUGCAAACACUGUAUCUUCUAGAAAGCCAUUCAUUUAUUUAUUUUUCCCCAGAUUUUAUUCUGCAUGUGUCGUCCUUGGACUUGAGUAUUUACACGAACAAAACAUCGUCCACAGGUAAGCCUAUAAAAAAACAAAACUACACGUUAUUUAGGUGUUAUUUAUGGCACACAGUCUGUCUAACCCAGUUUAAUUAUCUAGAUUAAGUUAUUAAUUUUAACCAAUUAAAAAUCCUGAACAAUGAGAGCUAUUCUAAGUGCUUCUAGUGUUAUGUAAAAUAAAUAAAACUUCCUUUUCUACAUUUUAAUCUAGAGAUCUGAAGCUUGAAAACAUUGUUCUGGAUGAGAGAGGAUUUGCGAAGAUAACUGACUAUGGUCUCUCUAAAGAAGGUAAAUAGAAUGCUCUAAUAUAAUUUUAGAUACAAAAAGGUCACACUUACGAAGUUCAAAUCAGUUAUCUUUCAUUUAAACAGCCAUUUAACAUAUAAUAGGAUGUCUAUAAAAGGUAUGCUUAAUUCCAAAACUGACAUAAAGGAACUUUAUAACAUUAAAAAUAAGAGCAUUUAUUUUUAAUGUAAAUUAUUCCUAAGUGAGCCUCCCAUUUCUUUUCCAGCAAUUUUUUAUGAAUGGGCAGUGACUGAUUGCUGAGAGCGUCAGCUGACCGCUCCCAGACAAUCAGCAGUCCCCCUGCCCAGUGGCACUCCGUGCUUCUUAAAACUGUAAUUUCAGAAGCCAGAUGCCGCCUGAGGGAAGUAGUGAUUGGAGAUGGAGGCUCACUUUGAGAUUAAACAGUUCAAGAACGGUUUGACCACUUGAGAUAGGCGUGCGCCCUGGAGGCCUCCUGGCACCAUAACAACUUCAAUUACAUUUUUAUGGUGCCCGGAGUGUAAGUGUAUAAAGUACUUCUGUUUUAUUUUGUUUUUAUCAAACUAAAUUUAAGUAUUUUCCUGAUAGUCAGACCCAGCCACGGUGCUGCCACUGCGAUAAUUGAAAUUUUCGGAUGGAAAUGAUAUGAGAAGUUGUGGCAGCAACAAACUUAAAGAAAGUCAUAUCCAAAUGUAAAUUGCUAAAAUUGAACAUCUAUCCUCAACUUAUAUACAAUUCUAUUUUCACUAUUUCUGAGGAAUUGGAUACGGAGACAGAACAAACAGCAUUUGUGGAACUCCUAAUUAUCUGGCUCCUGAAAUGGCCAAGCGCAAGACAUAUACAAGAUCUGUGGACUGGUGGAGCUUCGGAGUGGUUAUUUAUGUAAUGUUAACUGGAAACGUAAGAACAAUCUUUCAUUAAGAAUUUACAGUCAGAUUUAUAAAGAGACUCUGACAAGUAUUUGCUUUUAACAUUACAGCAAUCUUUAUUAAAAAGUUGCUCUAUUUAUUUUUGGUUUUGUUUUAUUACUUUUUGUUGGCCUCCCCUCUUCCAAUAAUUCCUCUCUCUCCAACAUUCACACCCACAUUUGUAUACAAACGUAUCUCACCCCAAAACAGACACCCCCAAUUAAUUAACUCCUCCCUUCCAAACACAGACCCCACAUUCCCUGACCGUUAUUUUUGCACUCGUUUACCUGUCAUUUUCCUUCAACUAUUAUAUUCCAACAUUUCUUUACAAUGAACCCAUCCUUAUCCAAAUCACAUCUCAAAUUAACCCCUCCCCAUAAUAGAUCCAGACAGCUUCAAUACCCUGUAAUUAACCCCUGACCCUUGGUUCCCAAAUCUAAAUCUUUUACCAAUGAAUUAUCUCCAUCUUCUGCUCUGCCCCUGGUCCAGUUACUUAGUGCUCCGGUGGCUGACAAUGUGUGCGUACAUCGUGUGUAACCCUCUGUAUACCACUUCUUUGUGAAUACCUAUACGGUCAGAAGAUGUUUAGUAGUUCUGACUCUAAUAAACAUCCCACCUACUAACUUGCUUAAAUGUUUUGUAUUUAACUUUUUUUGUCUCCUGACAAAAAGAAAAAAGCCAUCGUAAUCCAAUGUUACUGUACAAAAUAAAACAAAUAAUACUAGAUGACAAUUUAAAAAGUAAAUAAAUAAAAACACCAGGAGAAAAUUAAUUAUACAAUAGACCAUGGGUGCCAAAAAGGUAGAUCUUCCAUGAUGCUUUUUCAUUGUAAAGGUAUGCAAAGCAUCAUGGGAGUUGUUGUUAGAGAGCAUCUGGGGAUCUACCUUCUAGGCACCCCCUGAUAUAGACCUUCCAGUCCUUUAUCUCAGAGCUCAAAAAUUGAUAUUCCCUGCGGUCUUGAAAAUCGCUCAGCGUUUUGAAAAUUCCAGCCAACCAAAGUGCAUUUCCGGACGCGUUUCACUCCCCUGCGGUACGCUUGAUGAUGUAUUUCACGACAGCGUUCAGUUAUCUUUCACAUAUUAUAUACACUCGCACACACAUGGUUGUUGAGUUGUGAUAUACACAUUGUGUAAUCUGUACUACGAAGAUUAUAAAACCCUAACUAUUAAUUUAUUGUUCAGCUUUCAGCUACUACAAUUUACAACUUAUUCAAACCUUAACUGAGGUUUUUUUAAAUGUAAUUUUUCUCUAGUUACCCUUCGAAGGCCGUGAUGUUGAGACACUUUAUGCUAAAAUUGCCAAAUGUAAACUAAAAAUUCCAGAGUCAUUGUCUAGUGAAGCCACUUCAAUACUGAGUAAGGUAAGUUGUCACGCAAAUUUAAUAUAUCAUACAACCCAUGCUGAAAACAUCCAUUCGCCAUCAAUGAGUGGAGAUUCAGACCUAGCAAGCUGCCUUGAGAUGGGGGAAUUCUGUAGAAUGGGCAGUAAAGAAUGGAGGUCCGGCUGACCUUUGGGAGAGGAAAUGUAUCAGUUUUUUUAUUUGAUGUUUAUACAAUAGUUCUCUUAUUGGUCAUGCAAAUUUUCAAUGCUAUAUAUUCACCUUGAAUUGGAUGUAGCUAGCUGUGUGUGUUAAUGCUGGUAAAGAAACAUUCAUUAUUACAGAGUAUUAAAACAAAACCCGAAAUAUCUGCUCACUUAUUCUAUGACAUCCAUAAAUGAUGCAAUAUUACAUCUAACACUCAUUCUCUAUAGUUAUGUGACUCACAGCGCCCACUAGUGGCUUGUAUAAAAACAUAGUAGCAGUUACAAACCGUGUACAAACACCACCACGAUUUAUCCUGGCGUAAAACAUUGCAUUGCCAGCAUCCCCCUCAAACAGUGAGAUUACUACCCACUAUAUGUUUAUUUAUAAUUAAUAGCGAUAAUACACAUUUUUCCUUUACCUUUGUUCUGUCCCUUUGAGUAUAACGCUGAAGAAGUAAAUACGAAAAGACAAAAAUAAUGCAUUUCACAUGAACAGUACUGAGCAUUGAACAUCUCAAAAUACACUCAGCGCUGGUGCAAGGGUUCUUGGCUACACAGGCAAAAAUCCAUUUAGCGCCCCCUUUCACACUCUUCUCCCCCUGUUGUGCAGUUCUCACACAGAUAUCUCGUACCCUGGAUGGAGCCGCACACCCACAGGACCUCCAACAGGGCCCGACUUACUGUUAAUGUUCCUGAUGUUUAGCAUUAAAAUUAACAAAACCUAUUUUACAAAAUUCCUUUUACAGUUACUGACUAAAAAACAUGAGAAACGUCUAGGAUCCAGUGAGAAAGAUGCACAGGAAGUGAAGGACCAUCCUUAUUUUCAAGUACGUACAUAUGUUUUUUUGUUUUGUGUUUUUUACUGUGGUUUUGUCACUAAAUAUUUGUGUGAUUUUAGGAAAAAUAAAAUCUUUGUAAUAUACUGAAAUUCUAACACAGCCAAAAGAGAACAUAAAUUGGGAUCUAAACAAAAUGUGGCUUUUUGGGCAUAUUAGCUGUUAUCUUGUAUUUUAUAUAGUCUUGGUUUGUACGUGAUGCUCAUUAUUUUACAAAUUCCUUUCCAGCAUAUAGAUUGGAACGCAUUAUUAUUACAAAAUGUGACACCUCCAUUUGUGCCAACCAUCAACGGAGCCGAAGAUGUCAGCAACUUUGAUGCGAUAUUCACCUCGGAAGCGCCUAUUAUAACUCCACCAGCAAGACGAAGAGUUCCACCGUUAAUGGAGAAGAAGACAUUUGAGGAUUUUUGUUGGAGGGCAGAUUGGAGUUAAUCUCGGUUGUGAUCCACAAUAAGAAUUACUGGAGAGAGAAUUAGCAUUAAUAUAUUCUACCAAUGAAAUCAUUUGUUGAAAACUAAAGUGAGAAUUCAAACUGAAUUUCAAAUUUAGAGUUAAAAAAAAGAAAAAAGAAAAAAAGAAACAUGCCCUCAGUCAGCUACGAUUCCAGAUUGGCUACUUUGGCUUUAAAUUUGCAAAUCACUUUGAUUUCUCAUUUUUGGAAAUAACCCUGCAAAUUGUUGAAUUGUGUAUACGUGUAUUAUUAUUGUUGUUAAAAUAAAAUAAAAAAUUUGACAUUAAAAAAAAUGUAAAUUUAGACGUGAAUCUUUGUGUAGCAGAAGAAGGAGGAAUAGUACCAGGCUUGGGACCCAGACCUAUUCCAUCCAGCGUUCGUCCCUUCUCCUAAGGGGAAAUAUAAUAGAGAGUCAGCCUUUCCUUCCAGCAAUACCCGAUUAGUAAUGUCAGUGAUCUUCCAGACAGAGAGCCAGCCUUUCCUUCCAACAAUAACCGAUUAGUAAUGCCAAUGAUCUUCCAGACAGAGAGCCAGCCUCUCCUUCCAGCAAUACCCGAUUAGUAAUAACAGUGUUCUUCCAGACAGAGAGCCAGCCUUUCCUUACAGCAAGCCCCUGUCAUAUCCACGCCCCCAAAAUGUGAGUGUCUGGGGAAUGUGGGAUGACAGGGGCCAAUGGGAGCAACUUUCAUUUUUUGGCUCCCACUGCCCCUUUAAGAGCAUGCCUGCGACGCGCGGCACGCUCUUAGAGCUAGGUGGAACACGUGACCGCAUCUCGCGGUCCGUGCCCGCCUUCAUUUGGGAGCUGCGCGCGGCGGGAAGUGAGGACCUCGGCCGGCCCCCGGGUAAGGUAAGUACCGCUACAACUGGGAAGGGAAAGGGCUAAUCACUGUUCCAGUGUGGAGGAUUCAACAGGGAAAGUCCUUUUAAGCACUAGAUCUUCCAGGACUAAGUGUCAUCCAGUGCCUGGGGGUGGAUAGAGAGUUCCCCAUUCAGCUCCAUGAGGGAGCGGUUCCAGGACCCCAGUCAAGUCACGGCGACUGUGGGCAGAAGUGCUGCGGUAUUAUAAAAUAGGAAAUGCACUUACAUUUAUUGGAGCUAUAUAUGUGGAUCUGUUAGUGUGUAUGAUCACCUCUCUGAGGAUAUGUAGGUGGUGGGGGGUCUUCUCUGUGGUACUUAUAAAAAUAUCAAUAUAGUGCACACUGUGUGAUUGGGUGGGUGAGAGAUGAAAAUUCACUUAAUAGCUCAGGAGCAAAGUAUGGUUUUGCUCACUCAAUAAGGUUCUGGUGGUACACCUCCCCACCUUGGAGAACGAAGUAGAAGAAAUACGUGGAGUGCCAAAGUGAGACGGGAUGGUCCAGGGUAGUUAGAAAAUGAGUAUCUUUUAAUAAAUACAAUAAAACAAAGAGUUAAAACACUGAUAAUUAAAAGGAACACAAUGUGUAUCGCCACUGCAUAGGGCUUUGUCAAGUGUCCUUGAAAUUGAAAAAGCUCUAUGCUGUGGUGAAACGCGCUGUUAAUUUUGAUUAUAAGUGUUUUAAAUGGAAAGACCCCCGAUAGGCAGUACAAUUACUAGCCUAAUAUACAAUGAUAUAACAGUGGAUGAUGAAUAGUCCUUUUAAGAAUACAUUUUCUUCCCCAGAUCUUAAGAAACUCUUCAAGCAGUCUGGCCAGGAUAUAAAUGGAAAUUUAUCAUACCAAAACCUCAAGGACUCACUUGGGCCUGGCAUACCACAGUCUUUAAAGGAAUUUGAUACCGAUGGAGAUGACAGAUAUUCCUUCACUGAACUGAAAGAUGCUUUAGGUUUUUAA